AUGGUUACCACCCGAUCUAGAACUGGAUGUGCACGCAGCCAUUCUCCGACACACAAUGUUAGCGUAAGCAGACGUACCCGUAGCCGUUCUCCGAUGAAACAUGCUAGGGUCGAUGUUCUCGACGACCAGGACCAGCAACUACAGAAGGGUUCUAACACUACUGAUGACUACCCUGGAGGAGAUGACGAUGACAACAAUGGUACGGACUAUUUCGGUGAUGACGAGGGUGAAGAGGACCUCUUUGAGUAUCAGGAGGACGACGAAGAGGACGACCCUGACACAUUCAUUACCCCUGAAUUGUUCGAUAUCCAAGAUUUCACCCCUGAGACCGAUGCUGCCGCUGAGCCGCAAGAUGACCUUCACGACACAACGACAGAGGAGGACACUGCCCGAUUCGAAAUGAACAUACUCAAGGUGGUCAAGUUUAUGAAGAGUUGGGUUAAUCGAGUCGAUUCGCUCAGCGAGUUACAAGAAGCAGGGUACCUCAGCUCGCCGAUGAAGACAGGCUGGUUCAACGCCGUGAAGGAUGACACAGUCACAGGGCCGCAGCUCCUUUCUUUCGUGCCCACCAAGGUGAAGGCCAUUCUUGGCAGAAAGAAACUCGGAAUCGCCGACCUGAUGCAACUUCCAGGACUUGGCUUGAACUGCACCGAUCGGGAGGGUUCCUACCUCGCACUCCCUGCCAGGAAGGUUCAAACCAGCAACAGCCAAGCAGCACACCCCCCAUCUCACGCAACGGCAACAGCUACCAUGUUGGGGUGUCAACGAGUAAGCGAUAUCCUUGUCAUUGUUGCCGUCGACACUCCUGUCAACGGACUCGUACUCUGA